AUGGAGGCAUCCCGUUGCCAGCCGCAAGGGAGGCGAAAGGACGGACAGCAGCACGCGCAGCCGCAGCAGCACCAGCAGCCGCAGCACCAGCAGCCGCGGCAGGAGGGGCCGGAGCAGCGUGAUCGGCGACACGAGGCCCAGCCCUCGGAGGAGCCGCCGCUGCCCGUGCUGGACCCAGUGCAUGACGAAUACGAGAAGCUGCACCGCAUAGGGGAGGGAACCUACGGGGUGGUGUACAAGGCGCGGCACCUGCCCAGCGGCCGCGUCGUCGCGCUCAAGAAGGUCCGCUUUGAGAGGUCCAGGGAGGGCGUUCCUGUCACCAGCAUACGCGAGCUACGUAUUCUGCAGCAGUGCAGGCACCCAAACAUAGUGCACCUGGAGCGUGUUGUGACCGGCAGCAAGCACGACAGCAUCUUCCUGGUGUUUGACUAUGCAGCCCACGACCUGGGCCGCCUGCUGGACUCCAUGCCCACGCCCUUCACUGAGAGCGAGGUCAAGUGCCUGGUGCGGCAGCUGCUGCAGGCGGUCGCCUACCUCCACGGCCGCGGCGUGCUCCACCGCGACAUCAAGCUCUCCAACCUGCUCUACACCUCAGAGGGCACGCUCAAGCUCUGCGACUUUGGACUCGCAAGGCACGUGGUCCCUCGCGGGCGGGCGCUGACGCCGCGCGUUGUCACCCUCUGGUACCGCGCCCCAGAGCUGCUGCUGGGCGCUGAUGAGUACUCUGAGGCGGUGGACUGCUGGGCGGUAGGGUGUGUGGUGGGAGAGCUGCUCAAGCACGAGCCCCUAUUCCCGGCCCAGAGCGAGCGCGAGUGCCUCGACAUGCAGUGCCGCCUGCUGGGGGCGCCAUCUGAGCGCAUUUGGCCGGGCAUGUUUGACCUGCCGGGCGCCACCGAGGCGCGCCUGCCGCCGCAGCCCUACAACAACCUGCGGCGCGCCUUCCCCGCAAUCGGGGACUCUGGCCUGUCCCUGCUCAACGGCCUGCUCACUUACGACCCCACGCGCCGCCUCUCCGCACGGGCGGCGCUGCAGCACCCCUACUUUUCAGAGAAGCCGUACCCCAAGCGGGCCCAGGACAUGCCCACAUUUCCGUCCUCUCACGAGCCGGGGUACAAAGGGGUCCUGCAGCAGAGGGGGCCGCGGGCGUCGAAUCCUUACGACUCGCCGCCGCCCAGGCCGGUGGGGGCAGCUGCGGCGGCGGCGGCAGCGGCGGCGGCGGGCAAGGCUGC